AGCUGCAAAAAAAUAAUGCUGAAUUCGGGAAAAGUGCUUUUAAAGCACCAGCAAAUCGUCCUUUUUCUGAUUCGUGCCGUUCUAGAAACGCCAGAUCCAGAUGCAGUUGCAGAGGUCGAACCCCAGGAAACCAUCCAAGAUGUUAAGGUCAAGUUCGCCGCCCUGGAGUGCAUCGAGGAACCGGCCCAACUGGUGCUGUCCUGCGAGGGCAUGCUACUCGCCCACGACUCGCUCGUGUCCGCCCUCGGCUCGGCCGAACUCGACCUGACCGUGCCGCUGCUCGGUGGUAAGGUACACGGUUCGCUGGCCCGUGCCGGCAAUGUCAAGGGCCAAACGCCGAAGGUCGAGAAGAAGGAAAAGAAGAAGAAGACCAGCCGUGCCAAGCGCCGCAUCCAGUACAACCGCAACUUUGCCAACGUGGUGCAGGCCUUCGGUCGCCGCCGCGGUCCGAACGCCAACUCGACGUAAGCUGCUCUGAAUGGUGUGCGGUUCGAGUGUGAGUGUGGGUGGGAUUUGUGGCUUGUUUGAUUCCUUGCGAAGAUGAAGGAAGAAAAGGCGAGAAUAAAAUGAAGAAAUGAAAGGAGGGUAUUCGUAUCGCGUCAAGCUCUCCGGACGUGGGGGGUCGCUGGCAAGGCGUUGCCCAGUCCCCCUUGCCCCGCACCCCACGGGCCACGACAAUUGCAGCUGCGGUGCGGCUAGAGGAGGCGAAGACCGACGAAGGGUGAACAUGUGUUGCGGUAGACACGGUGGCACAAUCCGCCGUGAUGCUGGGACGCGGAAUGACGAGAACCGGAAUCGGAAGUCUGGCGGAGCAUCACCGUAUCGAGCCACCGCGGGAAAGAGCAUGAGCAAUCGCGUAGACAGCAGAGUGAGUAAAAAGAAGAGGAUAAAGGCAGGUGCAUCUAGGUCUAAGGAAGAACUUGGGUGUAAAUCUUACGACAAUUACGGGAAACCCGGUUGACAGUUAUCUGGUUCCGAACACCGCUUUUGAGCAACUGGGUAAACUAAUGUAACAACUCAAGCAAAACAAUGUGAAUUUGUAAACAAAUGUACUAUUUGUUUCCCUUUUCCCUUCAGUGAAUGUUUGCUUUAAGAAUGAGCUUUUUAUUUACAAAUCCACAUUGGUCCAUUCACAAUGUUUAGCUUGAACUAUUAAUUUUUAAUGCUUACCAAUGUUCAUUAUUUACCAAUCAACUUUAUUUAGAAACCGCCUUCCGGAUUCUUCCCGGAGUACGGCCACAACAUCCGCUGACCAUUGUUUGCCGACUGUC